AAAUUCUCUGUACGAACAGGACGAGAAAUUAAAUUUUCCAAGAUAUUCCAAGGAUAAUUGGAAAUGGCAGAGGAGUACAAGCCAGGUCAGGAGCCAUUUCCAGAGCAAGAUGAUCGCAAAUUGUUUUUCAAAUUUCAUUACAAGGGCCUCCUGCUUGUAUUGAUACCCAUCAUUUUCGCACCUCUUUUACUUGGCCCCAAACUGCUGGCCUAUCGAAUGCUUUACCUUGCGAUUUGUGUAUACCUGUAUUAUAUGUGCAACGUUAUGUCGCAAGGAGCGAUUGCGUUUCUAUUCAUUAUUUUCUUGCCCAUUCUUGGCAUAACGGGCUCGAAGCUGUUGUGUAUAGCCCAUUAUACGGAUUUAAUAUUUGCCACAUUCGGCUGCCUCUUUAUGGGCAUUAUGAUGGACGCCUCAAGGCUUAGCGAGCGUCUGGCUCUUAUUGUCAUCGGCAUCUGUGGCUCCAAUCUUAGAGUCCUUCAAGCUGGAAUAAUGGUCGUGACCAGUCUGAGUUCGAUUUUUGUCAGCAGUUCAUUUAUGUCUGCGUUUUGGAUGAAGGUGACGCAAGCGAUAAUCGCAGAGCUAGGCAAUGCCGGUGUAUUGGUGCCAAAUUCAGAUGAGGAGCCCUACGAGCGACAGUCGAGACCGUAUCCCUCAAAUCCCGUCGUUGGUAUUUAUCUAUCGAUUGCAUAUGGCGCCACUUUUGGUGGCAUGAUUUCGUUGUUUCAGGAUCCCAAUGCUGAUCUCUAUAAAUUCUUUCAGAAGUUUACGGAUGUAAAGCCAGGGAGUUUCCUGAUGUUGUUUGUGGGUCCGUUCAUUUUGGGUCUGGUAGUGACAGCGAUUUGGAUAAAUGUCAUUUUCUUGGGUCUAUUCAGUGGCAGCGUCAAGGAACAAGUGCAGGCAGCUGCCAACGGCAAGGAUGCCGUCAAGCGGGCUAUGGAGGAUAAGAAAGGCGCCCUGGGACCAUGGAAUGCCUAUGCCAUACUCGUCUUCCUGAUGAUCAUUAUCACAAUGUUAUUAUUAUUCACACGACGACCCAUUUGCUGGCCUGGCUGGUAUGACUAUUUCCAUAGAUCGAAAUGUGGCCUCUCCGUGGCCAUCAUUGCAAUGUGCCUACUCUAUUUUGCUGUACCGGCAAACUAUUUUUUCUGUCGCUAUUACUGGUGUCGUCAGCCGGCGAAGGAGGGCACAGCUCCCUCUCUGGUCAGCUGGAAGAUCGUUAAUAACAAUGUCCCAUGGGCGCAUGUCUUUAUGCUGUGCGCCGGAUAUGGCUGCCUCACUGGCUACAAGGAUUCCAAGCUGCUUCAGUUGGUCAGCAACGGAAUAUUCAACCAGAAAUUGGACAACAGCGUCUCUUUAAUAGUAGGCUGCCUUUUAGGCACUCUGAUUACCAAUCUGGCUCCAGCUCAGGGUGUUGUUGCCAACACUUUGGAUUCCAUGUUGAAUCCGCGAAAUGGAGCCGGGGUCAUUGCCCUGCCAUAUGCUGCUGCGCUGCACAAUCAAUUCCUGCUGCCCGUAAGCACCACCAGCAACACAAUUGUCGCCGGAUUUGGUAAUGUCAGACCAUUUCAGUUUCUGCUGGGAGGCGUUGUACCCACUUUAUUCAUGAUAAUAUUCAUAUGUGCAAGUAUCGCGAUAUUUGGCAACAUUGCGUUUAAGGGAUACUUACAGACGUGAUCAGAAAAAUAAAGCGAAACCAUUUAAAAUCGAAAA